AUGACGUCGGCCGGGCCCCCCCGCACGGGACUGACUGGCGCGCACUGGCAGGGAAAAGCAUUUGCCACUCGUCCUGCCACAAACACGCAGCGAGGAUUGGCAGCGCGCGAGGCACUGGCCCGCGAGUUGUACGCGUAUCGGUGCGGCGACUCCGGGCUAGCUCCGACUCGCCACGGCCUGAAUCUCUUCCUCGCAGCGGUUGUCAAGCAGGCGGCGGGGACGGAAAAGGCUGCGGGGAGGACCCUGCGGCUGCGGGGGCUCCAGCUUGGGCCUCGGUCCGGCAAGGCGAUUGCGCGUGCGCUGUGCGGCAGUGGUUUCGGCGGUCUCGACCUCUUCAACAAUCCCUCGCUGGGAGAUUCGGGCGCGGCGGCGUUGCUGCCGCUCCUCGGCUCUGGACAGAUCACCUCCGUCCGGCUCGGCGCUUGCGGCCUCCGAAGCGCCUUCGCGCCGGCGCUCUCUCGCGCGCUCCUCGCCUCACGAGACGGAGCCCAACUCCUCACCAGCCUCGAGUUGGGCGGGGUGCCGUCCGACGCAAAGAUCGGCAGCGAGGCGGAGCUAUCAGGGGCAAACCAGCUGCGGGCCAUCGCCGUCUCCGCACUCGCCGUGCUAAUUGGAGGCGGUGAAGCCGCCGACGGCGGCUGCAAGGCUCUAGCGAGCCUCAGCUUGGCGUGCAACAAGUAUGACCUCGACCGCCUCGCGCCACUGCUCGGAGCUCUCUCCUAUGCUGACUCUCUCACCAGCCUCGACAUCUCUGAGAAUUCUCUCGGCGAUGCGGGCUGCCAGCAGCCGGACGUCCCACGAAGCUCGGCCCAACGGCGGCUCUCGGGGAUGCUGACGGCCGCCGCCGACACGCUGGCUGAAGACCGGCACCGGCCGAAAACCGCAUCCGUGAUGAGGGCGCGUGAACGAGACCUGCUGCUGAGAGACGCCUUCCGUCUGCGGCUCGCCCAGCAUCUCGCCAAUCCCGCGACGCGCGAGAUCGGCGGCGGCACGGCCAACAACGAGGGGGGUGCUCCGGCCGCCCACGGCCGGCAACAGCCCGAGGCUGGCACGGCCGCCGCUUGCGAGUGUGUGCUGCGGGCGAUCGAUCUGAGCGGGAAUCCCUUGGGUGACGAGGGCGCCGCUGCCUUUGCACGCGGCCUCCCAGCCUCCUCCAUCGCCAAGCUGUCGCUCGGCUGCGCCUCCAUCGGCGACCGCGGCGCCGCAGCGCUCGCGUCAGCACUCUACUCCACAGAUUCGCUGCGUGCGUUGCAUCUGCCCCACAAUCCGAUCGGCGACCCUGGCGCCAAUGCCCUGGCCGUCGCCCUCGCGGUGCACGCAAGCUUACGUACGCUAGACCUCAACCACGCCGCGGUGGCGGACGAGGGCGCCGUUGCGCUGGUGAGAGCGCUGCAGGACAAUUGCUCAUUGCGGACGCUGUGCCUCGAGCAAAACAACAUCUCCGCCGACGGCGGCCAUAGCCUACUCAGAGAGCUGCGUCGGUCCGAUCUCGGUAAAGCGAGCGGGGCUCGCGUUACGCCGCCCAACGAGACGGAGCGUGCGAUUGCCGCUCUCGCUCCGGCGGAGCCCGCACUGGCCGUCGCAACUGCGGAGCUCGCCGCCUUGGCCGAGCAGCGGGCUGUGCUCGAGCAGCGUGUCGCCUGCGUGCUAGAGGAGGUGCGGGUGACGCGCUCGAAGGCGGAGCCCAGCGCGACCCGAAGGUCGAAGCAGAUGGCGGCGCAGAUGGCGCAUCGAGCCGCGGCCGAGGAGAGGUUGGCAGAGGCGCGGGCCGAACGGGAGCGGGAGCAUGGUGCGUUUGUCGCGGCGAGAGACGAACUGCAGGAGCGGGUGCGCACCGCGCAGGACAGCUGCAUGCUGUUCGACAUGUCAGCAUCGGUGGCCGAGAUUCAACGGCUCGAGGCGGCCCUCGCUUCAGCUGUGGCACGCACCGGGGAGGCGAACACGAGGAGGGUACGGGCGGAAGAGGCGUGCGUGGCGGCAAGCAAUACUUGA